AUGCUGAUAGCAAAGGGAGAGUUUGUAGGGUACGUUCAAGGGCCGGCAGUGGAGCAGAAUCGACUGGCUGAGCAAGUGAAAAGAAAUCAGAAGUCGAACUACCAUGACACCCAGCUUGUUCGGAUAAUAAAUACAAUUCAUUGCCAACCUGAGCAAACCAAAGAGUCAGAAAAAUUGCUCCGAACGCGUCUCCAUCAAGCACAAAUGAAGAGGAGGAUAAGCAGUGUAAAUACUCUACACCAGCAGAGUGCAUCAGCACAGAUAAAAUUUGACAGGACGGAUUUGCUGCGAGUUCAAAUACCUCAUCAAGAUACUCUGGUCGUUAGCUUGACGGUGACAGAGUGUUUGGUACGAAGAGUUUUAAUUGAUCCAGGGAGCAGCACGAAUGUCAUGCUAAGAAUAACGUUUGACCGGCUCGAGAUCAUCAAGCUAGAAAAGCUCAAACCAACUGGAAAUCCCUUGUUAGGAUUCGAUGGAAAAUGA